CGAAAGUAGUCUCUAUCCCCUCAGCUUGAUGGCAACCCUGUUACAAACAUCACUCUGAACCAAAACAUUGUGAGUUGUCGUAGGCUGUAAAAUUCACCCGCAGUCGGAAGUUGGCACGACUGCACCAUGUUGGGCUGCCCGUGGGUCCGCCUAGGCCCCCAUCCCGUCUUGCUGCGAUCCAUCAGUACUAGCUCGGUCCUGAACAAAUCCAAUCCGGAAUGGGUGGCUCUGAAACGAGAGGAAAAAGCGCGUCGCGAAAACCGCUGGCAACGUCGAAUCCGGGCCAAUCCCUUUCAGCGAAACGUGGGCUUGGCCCACCAACUCCAAGGCCUGUCCCUGGACCCGGAUGACCCGGCCUUGGUCGACGCCCACGCCCAAACUGGCCUUCAACCCGAGGAAAAGCUGGAGGAGCUCCAAGAGCGAACGGAUAAGUAUCAGAACGUGUUGGCCCCGCCCAAACAUCCGGACAGGGAUCCUCACGUCGAUCGAGCCGAAUUGGCACUCAUCUUGACCCAAAAGAAAUGCUUUCCCAAACCCAAGAGUCCGAAUUUAUUGACUUACUUGGAAAAAGCCAUGAUCGCUCACCUCCAUCGAUCCGAUCCGGCCUUGUGGACUUUAGAACAGUUGGCUCAGAGUUUUCCGGCCACGCCCGACAUCGUUAAGCGAGUCUUGAAGGCCCAAAAGAAACAAUUCGGACCAUCCAGGCCCCAUGACAUUGUUGCCCAUGACCAAAAGGUCUUGGCCAAUUGGCAACUCUUGGCCAAAGGCCAACUGGAACUGCCCGAGGCCGUGGCGGCUCAUUUGCGUGAUAAUUUCGGAUCGGCCAAUGUGUCCAAAACGGCUCAGACUUACAUUAAUGCUGAUUUAGCCGAGCGAGUUAAGCGGGAAUUGUUGGAAAAGGCGCAAGUCGAACCUCAGCCUGCCCCUGCCGGUCCUUUUGUCAACAUCAUCCGCGACUAUCGAGCCAAAGUCCAAGCCGUGUCGGGGGCGGUCCACCCGGUGGUCCAAUCCUCGGUCCAACCCCGCCUUUUCUCUGACCAAUGCGAGUCUCAUCCGGACGUGAAUGUGCCUUCGCCCUAUCGUGACACCGCGGUAUUGGCCGCAAGUUUUGAUUGGGCCAAAGACCGGCGGAUGUCCUUGGACAAGUUCCGCCAAAAAUAUGUCAAUACCGUGUCUUUGAACUCGUUUCUGGACCCGGAGACGCGGGCCCGGGAUCAUCCGCACAAGGUGGCUUUUGAAAAGUGGUUAGACGAAGAAAAAAUGCGCGAAACCACCGUCCGGAAGCCUCAGCCUUUGAGUUCAGAGGAAUUGAACGAGGUGGUGGCCGACGAGAAAGAAACAAUCGCAAAGUAUGAGUUUAAAAAGCCCGUUGUUAUGGCCUUACCGCCAUCCAAAAUGCCCUCGUCGUCUUCAUUGUCCAGGCCGCCCAUUGAAUGGCGGGUUGAAAUCCCCGAGAACAUGAAGGUCCCUGGUGGACUCUAUCGACAAGAUGAUUGUUACUACAACGAAAAUGGCGAUUUUUUGUACCGUGUGCCAAAUAAUAAACCUUCUCAGAGUGGUGCGAGCUAGGGGCCACCGAUUUUAGUAGAUUUUGCGGAUUCAUUUCAGAA